ACAACACCUAACAAUGGCCAAGCGUAACCAAUGGAAGGGACUGCAGUAUAGUGGCUCAAGUGAUAAAUAUCGAAUCCACGGGUCUCUAGAGUUACUAUUACUCAGCUUCAGUUUAUUAUUUAGCAAACCAGAUCAAGAUGAAAGAACUAAAACUACUCUAGCAAACUACAGUUAAAGUUAAUCUAAUUACAGGUUGGGAACUCACUUAGGUAUGAUUCCCCCUAGCCACUAGCCAGACUAACGAUUGAUGAUUUCUAACUUUUUUCACUUUCAUUCACAACGCGGAGAAUCCCUGACUAGACCUUGAGUCUCGACUAAAGGAACAAGGCCCUCUUGAGUCAAUUGCCUAGAGGGACGUAUCCUUCUCUAGAACAACUGAUCAAGGCGUUCUGAACUAGACUCCCUCUACCGAAAGAGAUUCUCAAUCGAUAUAAAGCAGUGAAUCAACCCUCGACUAAAGCAAUCGAUCCACUACUAUCAAUCUAUGGUGCUCUAUUGACCUAAUCAGGUAUUCCCUCUCAUAGGAUCAAAGCAGAAUCAAUAAUCUCGACUAAAGCAGAAUUGAAUCAUGAAAACAUGCAUAGAUUGAAUAUGAACUCAAGAUAAUCAAGUCAGAGUACUCAUACAAUCAUCCAAUCAAACAAACAUAGCUAGGGUUCCUCAAAACCUAAGUGAAGGGAAGUUACUCCAUAGAGAAGAGAGAGACUGCAGUAAGAAUCUUCAGAUGAUCAGUCUUCAAGUCCGGGAUUCUUCCUCGAGCUUCCAAGGCAAAGAAAUCCUCCAAUUACACUCCAAGAAUGCCCUCAAAUCGCCCUCUCUCUCUUUGGUUCGUCCCUUGGGUGUUUGGGAUCCAAAACCCAGCUCUCCCCUUUCCUUUUAGCUGAAAAUCUGCUUAAAAGGGCAUCAGUGGCCAAAGCACGGUCGAGGGCACGGCCGUGUAAUGCCUCAGCCCGCCCGUGCUUUGGCUAGGGUUAAUUAUACGGCCAGUGCAUUGGGAGAAACACAUCCGUGCUUUGGAGAGAACACGGCCGUGCUUUGGGAGAACACGACCGUGCUUUCAGCCCGUGUAAUCAGCUCAUGUUUGCCAAACUCGAAUUAGCUCUCGGCAGUAAAAGCACGGCCACAGAACACGACCGUGUUUUGGGAGAACACGGCCGGGUAAUGAAUUAGGUGUGCCCGUGUUUUGGCUCCAGCUCGACUAAAUGACUUCCGAAUGCCCCGAAACUCGUGCUUAGCCUUUCCUUUGACGCCUGGGACCUGAAAUAUGACAAAAUAGCACAAACCGGCGUAAAAUAGGCCAAAAGUACACGACUAUGCCCCUCAAACGGAUAAGAUAGGGGCACAAAUAUGUGCAAUUACAUCGUUAUCAGUUCCCCUUAUGUUCUUUGUUUCUUUAUCUCUUUAAACUAUAUUGGGUGCAUGUUUUAGUUACUAGCUUCUAUUGUUAGUAACAAUCCAAUUGUUAUGAACACGACCCCAAUCAUCCAAGCUAGAAAUGAAGGAUCAACUAGAAGCAUCAAAUGCUUCAAAUGUUUGGGACGAGGUCACAAGGAAAACUAGUGCCCCAACAAGAAAGCUCUGGUUCUGAGAGAUGGAUAAAACUAUUCAACGAAAGAGGACUAAUAUAAGCCAAUGGGGAAGGAAAUCGAUUCUGAUGAUGAUGAAGUUCAUGAGCAAAUUAUUGCUAAUAUUCCUCUAGUAGGUAAGUUUCUUUGAGUUAAUCGUAGGGUGCUCUCCCUUGAAUCUAUAGUUAAACAAGAACAACGAGAUAAUCUAUUUCAUACCCGCUGCCUGAUGGAUAGAAAGUUGUAUUAUGUGGCGAUCGAUGGUGGUAGCUGCACUAAUGUAGUGAGUCUUGAUGCAUUCAAUAAGUUGGGGUUGAGUAACCUUAAGCAUCUACAGCCUUACAACCUUCACUAGUUGAACGAAUAUGGAGCCAUCAAGGUUAAUAAGAAGGCUAAGUUUGAUUUCAGAUUGGUGAGUAUGCAUAUGAAGUCUGGUGUGAUGUUGCUCCAAUGCAGGCUGCUCAUAUCUUAUUGGGUCGACCGUGGAAAUAUGAUCAUCGAGCUACUCACGACGGAAGACAGAAUAGCUAUCGGUUCAAACAAGGCGAUCAGAAGUUCAUGCUCAUUCCAUUGUCUCCAGCUGAAGUUCGAGAAGAUCAGUGACAAAUGGAGUUGAAUUGGGCAAGAGAGAAAGGAAAUGGAAGUGGCACAAAGUCGGAGGACGAAAGUGGGACACAUCUUUUGAUUCGAAGGCACAUGUUCACUGCGCAGAGGAGAAUUCCAUUUGUAAAUUAUGUUGAUGUUGUCUCUUGCAGGAACACUCUAGCUUUGAGGGCUAGCUUUUCCAAUGAUGAGGGACCGAUGCGAGACUCUAGAGCCUCCAAAGUGGCCUAAAUUGAAGCGGAAAGAAGAGCGUGCCACGUUGGAGCAAGAAGGUGGACGGGGCCAAAAUCCUGGGCCUGAAGCCGAGAUCCCCACCCAGGGAUUUAAACUGGGUCUUUUCCCUGGGAUAAGGAGUAUUUUCCUUGCCUGGGGAUCGGGGAUCUGACGGGUUAACUUCCUUGUUGGUUUAGGAUUUCUUUACUUUAAUGUGAUUGGACGAGUUUUUUUGUUUCCCUGACCAAUAUAAAGGCUUAAACACGACUAUUAGGUCAGAUUUUGAAGAAUAUUGCUAUUAUUUUGGUUCAUUGAGCUUUAGGCUUGUGAAUUGUUCUCUAUAUCAAUAAAGUUUUCCCCUUGAUUGUGGUCGAGAUUCUAUCAUUUAUAUUGUUAGAGCAUUCUCUCAUCUUGUGUUGAGAUUGCACUCAAUUCCAUACUAUCUCAAACAAACAAACAAAAAAAACCUAAAAAUAUUUUUUGCUUAUUUGUUCUUGAAGCUGCGCUAUUUUGAUAAGUACGGGUGUCGGAUCCGUGCUCGUGUCAUUAGGGUUUAGAGUUAAAGUUUAUGGUUAUGUGUAUAGAGUUCAGGAUUGAAGGUUUGAGGCUUAGUGUUUAGGGUUCAUGGUUAUUUUUUAUGGUUUAGCGUUGUGGAUUGAGUUAGAAAAUGUGAAAUCUUGUUUGUGAGAUUUCAACUAUGGUACUAGUCAUUCUAUCCAACACAAUAUGGUAAGUUCACUUGUAUGAAAAGGCGGUUGAUUGAUUUCUCCAAAUCACGGUGACUUGGAAGUCACUUUACGCAUACCCAAAAAUAUAAAUAAUACAAACUUAUUUUAUUUUUUAUUGUUUGUCCCAUUAAUUUUUUUUUCUUAUAAGUAGUUCAAAGUUUAAAUCCAACAAUUAAAAUAACUACUAGAACCUUAUUUGAAAUUAAGAUUAGGUGAAUUUGUGUUUCGCAUUUAGACUAUUCCAAAAUGUAAGCAUGAAGCAUAUGUGUUUUAGUUUGGAAAAAAGCCUUAGGCGGCCUCAUCCAUCCCCGAUCCGAUUUUUCCACUACCUGCAUGUCCAAAUAAAUUCGAAUUUGAAAAGCUCUUUGUGCCGGCUCAAGAUUGGGUGCAUAACUUUAUGGUGCAUAAUUAUGAGUAAGCAAAUUUUGAUCCUUCUUUUAAGUGGCUGCAGAUCUAAGGGUGGAGAAUUAAAAGAAUUUAUUUUCCCUAGUUUUCUUGAUUUGAUCAUAUCUUUUUUUUUUGCACAGAUGAAAAGAGUUUGUUGUGCUCUACAAAAUGAUAUCUAUUUUCAAUAUUUUUUGAGAAAAAAAUUUCAUACCUCUCGUUACCAACUCCAUAACAUAUGGUAUCUCCUUCGUUUUUUAGUCGUUUUCGAAAUUUUUUGCACAGAAGGAACGAUUUAAUCAUGAUCUAUUGGAUGUCAAAUUUUUCUGGGUGAAAAAAUUUCAUACCUCUCGUUACCAACUCCAUACCAUACUAUACCACCCUGGUUUGGGCUGGUAUUUUUCAUACUAUAUGGUAUGUUGUUAUUUAAUACCAGUCAAUACCAUAUGGUAUAGACUGGUAAUAACUGGCAAAAAAAUUUUGUUCCAAAAAAUAUCAAAGUGGAUAGCAGUUUGAAGAGCACAAUUAAUCUGAUCUAACUGUGCAAAAAAUUAAAUUCCGAGUUAAAACGAGCGAGAAAUCGUCCGUUAAAUUAAGGGAAGGAAAUUAAAGUUUUUCCGAGGAGAGAGAAAGAGGCGCUGAUGUAGCGGAUUCUUAUAAGGGUAUGCAUGGGAUUAUAGCACCACAAGGUUACUCACCGGAUCUGCUCCUCUUUGUACCACAUCUCCUUCCUCCAAGUCUAUUUUUUUCUCAUAGAUAUUCCAAAAGGAACAGCUGAAAAUAAAUGCAACUCCUUUGUAGGCAAAAAAAAAAAAAAAAACGUCGCCCCACAAAAUGUUGAUUAAUCAAUAAGAGAGUCUUUUUGCCACGAUAUGGGCUCUUGAUACCUCUUCGACAAGAGUAGAAUCCUCGACUUAGCUUCAACACCAUUUUAUGGAGAAAGAUGAAAGCAAUGUGGCGAGCCCCUACAAAUCUAUGAGAUUCAAUGACAAGCAUAUAUCUUCAUUAUUAUCGAAGAAGCCCCUAGGACAAAAGCAACAUAAUACACCCUUGCAAAAGUAACAAAUGCACUAUCGCUCGGAUAUGGGGUCCAAACAAAAUGGACCUAUCUAACCAAACCUCAUUGAUUUAGAGCUAAAACGAUUAGCAGAGUCCUAAAUAACAAGGGUCUACCAUAAAUGAGCGGCUUUUUCUUAAUUGUUAGAAAAUCGGAAUAAUCAAACCAUAAAUAGAAGCCAAACCAUUUCAACUCUAGGUACAGUUUGCAGGCAUGUUAAUAGAUAUUAUUGACAAAUCCAAACAAGUGAAAGGGAUUGGGCUAAGUGCUCAAGAUAGGGUGCAUAACCCAUCUAUUGACAAAUCCAAACAAGUGAAACGGAUUGGGCUAAGGGCUCAAGAUCCUAUCAAUAAUCAAAUCUGGACCCUUUAUUUAGAAAAUUCAGACCUAAGGAAAGAGAAUUAAAGAUCAUUUUUAUUUUUUCUAGUUUUCUUAAUUGACUCAUAUCUUUUUCGUUUUAACUCGGAUUUUAAUUUUUUUGCACAGAUGGAACGAGUUCAUCGUGCUAUACAAAAUGAGAUCAAUUUUCAAUAUUUUUUUAGAAAAAAAAUUAUGGCCUCUCGAUACCAACUGCAUACCAUAUGGUAUCUUCUUCGUUUUUAAUUCGUUUUUGAAAAAGUUUGCACAGAAGGGACGAGUUCAUCAUGAUCUAUUGGAUCUACAAAUUUCUGGGUGAACAAAUUACAGGACCAAAAAAUACCACACAAUACCAUACAAUACCACCCUGGUACGGGGUGUUAUUGUAUGGUAUCUUCUUCUUUUUUAAUUCGUUUUUGAAAACGUUUGCACAGAAGGGACGAGUUCAUCAUGAUCUAUUGGAUCUACAAAUUUCUGGGUGAACAAAUUACAGGACCCAAAAAUACCACACAAUACCAUACAAUACCACCCUGGUACGGGGUGGUAUUGUGUGGUAUACAAUGUUAAAAGUCGUAAAUGACAAUUAAUAUACUUCUACUAUCAUGUAUUCAACCAUCCUACAGUUUUGGUUGGUUCAUACCACCAUGGUACGUUUUUCAAACCAUAGGUAUGCUUUUAAUUCAAGGGUUAAUACCCUAGUAUGGCCCGAAGUUUGGCGUAAGUGACAGUUCUGGCCCCAUUUUUCAAAUAAGACAUUUAUGACCUACUUUUGAAACUAUUGGACAAAUUUGGCCCAAAAUUUUGUUGUUAAAUAAUAUUUUUAAUUUUAU